AUGUUCCCUAUCGUUCUUGUUUUAACUUUGCUGCUGGGACACACUUUUGCGCGCGACUGGGGUCUCCCGCAGCUGCCGUUGCGUCUGGAAAAAUCGCCGGAGGCAGAGUUUGUCUUGCUCAUUGGCCAGACACCAACAAGAGCCUCAGACUCUGUCCAUUACUCGUCGCUCGCAAAAGAGGACUGGGUCAUCGACUUUGACCAGUACCGGGACCAGUACGUGCUGAGAGUUGGUGUGGGGGCGAAAGAGGACCUGAGAAAUCUGCUCACGGCAGCUCACCAACUGGACGUGCCCCUGUGGGAGAUAUCAGUGUCGAAGCAGUUUAUCGACUUACAGGUCUCAAAAGACUCGGGAGUGGAGUAUUUGCAGCACGUGAUGGACCAAUGGCCUGAAAUGGACCUCAAUCUGGAUCUUCUCGUGCACGACUUGCCCCAGGCGGUGUUUGAAACGUACCCUCUGGCAGACCUCGACGACGAUUUCAGUGUUCAGCAAGACCUCUUCUUCAAACGGUACAGGGACCUCAAGACCAUCUACCAGUGGUUUGACCUGCUAGUGGCGACCUACCCAGACCUGCUGGAGGUCGAGUGGAUCGGCCAGACCUACGAAGGAAGAGACAUCAAGGCUGUCAGACUGACGGCACACAAAAGCGAGCCGUCGCCAGAAAAGCCGCUAAAGACGCUGGUCAUCACCAGCGGCAUCCACGCGCGCGAAUGGAUCAGUGUAUCGACCUCGUGCUACAUACUGUACAGACUGCUGCAGGACUACGAGAAGGGCAAGAAAAAGGCACGAUUGUACCUGGAGAACAUGGAUUUCCUGUUCUUGCCGGUCAUGAACCCCGACGGAUACGAACACACAUGGACCACUGACCGUUUGUGGAGGAAAAACAAGCAGCAGACAUACAAUCCAAGGUGUUUUGGAAUAGACAUUGACCACUCGUUCAAUUUCCACUUUACGAAAGGUGAGGAGUCUCCUUGCAGCGAAAACUACCCUGGAGAAGGCGCCUUUGAGAGCCUCGAAAGCAGCGUGUGGGACAGCUAUCUGAAUCAGACAAAACACGAUCAUCCAAUAUACGGCUACAUCGAUUUGCACUCGUAUGCAGAGGAGAUUCUCUAUCCCUACGCAUACACCUGCUCCGAAAAGCCUAGGGAUGAAGAAAACCUGAUUGAGCUGGCGUACGGUCUAAGUCAGUCGAUCAGACUCACCUCGGGCAAGUCGUACGCUGUGCUCUCUGCGUGCGAGGACAAAGGCUCGGACCUGCUGCCGGCCAUGGGUGCCGGCUCUGCUCUGGACUACAUGUACCACAACAAAGCCUACUGGGCGUUCGUUUUGAAGCUGCGCGAUACAGGAAGCCACGGAUUCUUGCUGCCGCCAAAGUUCAUCGUUCCUGUCGGCAAAGAGAUCUACUCGUCGAUAAAAUAUUUUUCCAGCUUCGUUACUGACAAAUAG